AGAAGGUAGAUAGAGAAGGUAGCUGCCACCCCUAAAAUAUCAUUCGUGCUGCUAGUCAAGUUGAUAAGGUCCCUCUUCUUUCCCUCUCCAAAACCAAAACACAGACACACAAAUGGCAUACAACCUCUGCUCUUCACCUUCUUCUCUCUAUAAACCUCUCUGCAACACCCCUUCAUCUUCUUCAAGAUACUCAAAAUCAAGAAACCUAAACAACUUCUACCAUUCUUCGAAGAUAAACACUCUCUCUUCUCAAUCAAGAGCAACCUCUCUUCAAAUAACCAACGUCUCAUUGCAAGACGAAGAACUGCCACGACAAGAAACCUCAAAAGAUUCAAACUUUAAGGAAAAAACUGGGUCUUCUUCAAAAUCUUACAUCUGGGUCAACCCCAAAAGCUCUAGAGCUUCAAUUCUCAGAAAAAGUUCCUACGAUGCCAAGUAUACUUCACUUGUUAAUGCAGCUAAGUAUCUGAAUUCUUGUAGCCCAAAUAAAGAUAAUGUCCUUAAUGUUUUGAGUGAACUUGAUGGUAAAUUGUUAGAGCAAGAUGCCGUUGUUAUUCUUAAUAACAUGUCGAAUCCGGAUACUGCUUUGUUGGCUCUUAAGUUUUUUCAAGAGAGGUUGAAGUUUAAUAGAGAGGUUGUUGUUUACAAUGUGACUUUGAAAGUUUUUAGGAAAGGAAGAGAUUUGGAUAAAGCCGAGAAGUUGUUCGAUGAGAUGCUUGAGAGAGGUGUUAAGCCUGAUAAUUUUACGUUUUCGACAAUAAUUAGUUGUGCUAGGUUGUGUAAUUUAGCUGAUAAGGCAGUUGAGUGGUUUGAGAAAAUGCCGAGUUUUGGGCUUGAACCUGACGAUGUUACCUUUUCGACUAUGAUUGAUUCGUAUGGGCGGGCUGGUAAUGUUGAAAAGGCAUUGAGCUUAUAUGACCGUGCUAGAACGGGGGAGUGGCGGCUAGAUGCAACGGCGUUCUCUACAUUGAUUAGGAUUUAUAAGGUUGCUGGGAAUUUUGAUGGGUGUUUGAAUGUUUAUGAAGAAAUGAAGGCUUUAGGUGUUAAGCCAAAUUUGGUCAUAUACAACAUUUUGUUAGAUGCCAUGGGAAGAGCCAAGAGGCCUUGGCAGGUGAAGAAAUUCUAUCAGGAUAUAAUUGACAAUGGGUUGUCACCAAGUUUUGUGACAUAUGCAGCUCUUCUGCAUGCGUAUGGUAGAGCUCGUUAUGGAGAUGAUGCGUUUAAAAUUUAUAGGGAAAUGAAGGAAAAGGGGUUGGGAUUGAAUGUAGUUCUUUAUAAUUCCAUAUUGGCUAUGUGUGCUGAUCUUGGCCACGUGGAUAAAGCUGUUGAGAUUUUUGAGGACAUGAAGAGUUCUGGAAUCAAGCCUGAUAGUUGGACAUUCUCAUCCAUGAUUACCAUUUUCUCAUGCUGUGGGAAAGUUUCUGAGGCAGAGAAUACGUUGAAUGAGAUGUUCGAAGCAGGCUUUCAGCCAAAUAUUUUUAUCUUGACAUCACUUAUCCAGUGCUAUGGAAAAGCCCAACGCAUUGAUGAUGUUGUGAAGACAUUUAACCGAAUUUUUGAAUUGGUUAUAACUCCAGAUGAUCGGUUCUGUGGCUGUCUUCUGAAUGUGAUGACUCAAACACCAAAUGAAGAGCUCAGCAAGCUUGUUAAAUGCGUUGAGAGGGCUAAUCCGAAGCUUGGUUAUGUGGUUAAACUUUUGGUAGAGGAGCAAGACAGUGAGGGGAAUUUUAAGAACGAAGCUACUGACCUGUUUGAUAGUAUUAGCACUGAAGUAAAGAAAGCUUACUGCAAUUGCUUAAUUGACCUCUGUAUCAAGCUCAAUAUGUUGGAGAGAGCUUGCGAGUUGCUUGACCUUGGAUUGACACUUGAAAUUUACACCAAUAUAAUGUCCAGAACUUCAACCCAGUGGUCCCUAAAUCUAAAGAGUCUCUCCCCCGGGGCAGCUAUGACAGCAUUACAUAUUUGGAUGAAUGACUUGUCCAAGGUACUGGAGGCAGGGGAGCAGCUGCCACCAUUGCUUGGAAUUAAUACUGGGCAUGGGAAACACAAGUAUUCUGAGAAAGGUUUAGCCAAUGUGUUGGAGUCAUAUUUGAAGGAACUAAAUUCUCCAUUCCAUGAGGCUCCUGAUAAGGUUGGCUGGUUCUUAACUACUAAGGUUGCAGCUGAGUCAUGGUUGGAAUCUAGAAAAUCAACUGACGCAGCAGCUGCUUAGGUGCCAUGCUCAUGUAGAUUUUCCUUUUUUUAUGUCCAUAAAUGGUACGUGCCCGCCAUAAUCUUUUUUCCUUUUCUGCUGAUAUUUUCUCUCUUGAUAGGGAGUUUUUGUGUCGUUAUGUUAAGAAAGGAUCAACAAUAUUUCACGUUUACGUAAUGUAUUAGGAAACAUAUGCUGUCAAGGACAUCUAUUCCUAUUGUAACACUUAUUCCAAAAAUACCUUAGCACAAUAUAGGAAAAUAUUUUUGUAUAUAGCUGCUGCGACAGAUUCAAUGUAAAAUAAUUUUGAGUUGGCAAA